AUGGACAGGCGCGUCGCGAGCUGGCACCGCGUCGACAUUCGCCGCGUCCCAACGCUCGUCAAGGAAGUGGAUGCGCUCGAGAAGCAAGUCGCAGAGCUCAAGAAGGCGCUGCCCGACACGGAGAUCUCGGUCUUGCUCGACGCCGUCGAGCGCCGCGUAGACGAAGUCGACGAGCUACGUCGCACGCAUGUGGACGACCCGCGUGCGGUGCACUUGGACCAUCAGCUGCUGCGGCUGCGCGAGGUGGCCCAGACCUUGGCCAAGCCAGCACCGCGAACAGCCACACCGAAUGCGCGUCUUUUCAACGGUCCACAGGCCAAGAGCACGCCCACUGCUCGCACCAACAGCAACCAGCAGCUCACGCCGCCGGCAAAGCCUGCCAAACAACAGCCCCUUUACAAGUGGGAGACCAAGGACCCAGCGCCGCGCAGCUGGACCAAGCUCGCGCCGUCCCGCGAUUUCUACGUUCUGCGCGAGCCAGGACACUACGCAACGGAAAGCCCCGUGCUCAACACGCUGGAGCUCGACGGCGCAUUUGAGUUUCAAAUCGUCAUGACGCUCGACGAGUGGAAGACGCAUCAGUACGAGGGCCGUCGGCUCGCCGCCGAGACCAAACACCUCGAGCGCGCCAAGAAAGCAUCGGUCGCCAAGACCCCUCGCUACACCGCCGUACAUUGA